AUCAAAUCAGCAAUCUGAAGCCACUUUACACAACAAGCACUCUUGUAUUGUAUCUCUCUCUAUUCACAUUUUAAGGUUUUCCCUCCACUCUCUCCAUCUCUCUCUAAUCACUACUACUCUGUACCAUUUAAAUUAAAGAUUGUGCGAACUGCGUAGAAGACUAACUCAUUCUCAGAUCAACAAAAGAGAUCUGGUAGGUUUCAUUGCCAUGGAGCUGAAUUCGGAGCACAGGCCAUUAUCGAUCAAAUUAUGGCCUCCUAGUCAGAAUACUAGACAGACCCUUGUGGAGAGGAUGACCAAGAAUCUGACUACUAAUUCUCUUUUCACACAGAAGUAUGGGACUUUAGACCAAGAAGAGGCUGAGGAGAAUGCAAAAAGGAUUGAGGAUGUAGCUUUUGCAACAGCAAAUCUACAUUAUGAGAAUGAGCCGGAUGGCGAUGGAGGUUCUGCAGUCCAGCUUUAUGCCAAGGAAUGUAGUAAGCUCCUCCUAGAUGUUCUUAAAAGUGGACCCAGUAAAAAGUAUAAUGAAGAAGUGGGGACAUCCACUAACACCAGUGCACCUCAUGAAUCUGUUUUUGAUAUAUCUAAAGGCCAAAGGGCCUUCAUUGAAGCAGAAGAGGCACAGGAACUUUUAAAGCCAUUAAAUGAGCCAGGGAAUUCUUUCACCAAAAUAUGCUUGAGCAACAGAAGCUUUGGAUUAGGAGCAGCACAAGUUGCCCAGCCCAUUCUCAUUUCCAUAAAGGAUCAAUUGAAAGAAGUAGAUAUAUCAGAUUUUAUUGCUGGAAGAUCAGAAGCAGAAGCUCUUGAUGUCAUGAAGAUAUUCUCAACUGCUCUAGAGGGCACUGUCUUGAAGUCUUUAAACCUGUCUGACAAUGCUUUAGGUGAAAAAGGAGUUCGAGCGUUUGGAGCACUCUUGAAAUCACAGAACUGCUUGGAGGAGCUUUAUCUGAUGAAUGAUGGAAUCUCAGAGGAUGCUGCUCGAGCAGUCUGUGAAUUGAUUCCUUUCACAGAGAAGCUCAAAGUUCUUUAUUUUCAUAAUAAUAUGACUGGAGAUGAAGGGGCACUGGCCAUAGCUGAGAUUGUGAAGCGUUCUCCUUCAUUGGAGGAUUUUCGCUGCUCCUCCACAAGAAUAGGCACUGAAGGUGGAGUUGCCUUGUGUGAUGCUUUAGGGAAUUGUACCCAUUUGAAGAAGCUCGAUUUACGUGACAACAUGUUUGGUGCAGAGGGUGGGGUUUCCCUGAGUAAAGCGGUUACCAAGCAUGCAGGGCUAAGAGAAAUUUACAUGAGCUACCUAAACUUGGAAGAUGAUGGUGCUAUUGCUAUAGUUGAUGCUCUUAAGGAAUCAGCUCCUCACCUUGAAGUUUUAGAGAUGAGUGGAAAUGACAUUACUGCUCAUGCUGCUUCUGCAAUAGCAGCCUGCUUAGCAGCAAAGCAGUCUCUUGUCAAGUUGAACCUAUCUGACAAUGAACUAAAGGAUGAAGGUGCCAUGCUGAUAAAUAAGGCUCUAGAAAGCCAUGUCCAGUUAAAGGAAAUUGAUCUAAGUUGCAACCAAAUAACCAGGUCUGGGGCUCAACAAUUGGCUCUGACAGUGGUGAAAAAGGCUGAUUUCAAACUUCUGAACAUCAAUGGAAACUUCAUUUCCAAUGAAGGCAUUGUUGAGUUGAAGGAUAUAUUUAAAAAAUCUCCUAACAUGCUUGGCCCGUUCGAUGAGAAUGAUCCUGAUGGAACAGACAAUGAUGAAGGAGCUGAUGAAGAAGGUAGUGCAGAUGAACUGGAAUCCAAAAUGAAGAACCUUGGAGUUAAUUGAAAGUGGAGCAGUUGUUUGUAGACACUUUCAUGUUCUGCAGCACAAGUAACUCUCAUGACUGUAGCAGAGGAGGGUUUUUAGACCGUAAAAUUUAACUCGUUGAGGGCAUAAAAUGUCUGGAGUAGCUAUUGUAAUCUUGUUUUCAGUGUUUCAUUUCAUGUAGUAAAGUUAUGUUAUUUGCAUUUGCAUCUAUGUAGGUUAGUAAUUAGUUUAAUAACACCUUGUAAUCGAUGCUGUGUCAUUUAGUUUAACAUAUGAUUCUGCUUUUGAAGAGAUAUUCUAAAUAUAUAUUUACUAGAGCUAAUAGAUCUUUAUCUUUUGGAACUGAUU